GAAGGCAAAGAAUAGUCAUUGCGAUCAACAGUCCAUGCGUGGCAGGCCGUGGCACUCAACCUCCAUCUCGCCGGCCAAAGCCAGCGUCCCCUUUGCCCUCCACCCGUUUAGGUCUGACUAAUAACGAUCUCCGGCAGUGCGUCGUGCUAUCCCCUGAAGUAAUACAUGCCAGGAUGGCACCUUCCCUCUGGGCAAUGCUACCUCCACAGACCACCAGACAUCCCAACAAGUUAUUAAUCCCCCGAGCGCGAGCCCAGGUGUCAAUCUCGAGCCCUCGGUCCCGCACAUUGCAAGCCUGUGAUCCGUGUCGGAACCGCAAAGCCAAAUGCAAUGGGGCGAAGCCGACGUGCAUCAACUGUGAAAGACUGGCAAUCGAGUGCACGUAUUCAGAACAGAGACGCUCUAGAGAAAGGAAGGAGUUGGACCAAUUAAAAGACAUCAUUCAACGCCAUGACCGCUUGAUCCGGUCUAUCCUAUCCCGAUUGCUCGACCCCUUGCCAUCCGCAAUUGCUGGACAUCCGGAGACACUGCCAUCCGUUAUAAGCACAAUCCGCCACAGUGUGUCCGUCCAUGAUGCCGCCACGCGCCUGGUCAGACAAGUCCCAGUGCAACGGCCUGGCAUCAGCCUGGAGAAUAUACAGCUGGUCUGGAGAACACAACUAUCUGGUCAACCACAGCUUGUCGAACGGCAAGCACCCUACCGCGUCCACACUGUUGAGUUGUGGUCGGACCAGGUUGAUAACAUGACUGCAUCGCAUCUGUUCUCGUUAUUCUUUGUCUGGGAUAAUCCCACGUGGAGGUUGAUCGAGCCUAGUUUAUUCCUUAAUGGUUUCUGUCGCGGAGACACUCGCUUCUGCUCCUCCUUGCUGGUUAACACAAUGCUCUUCUAUGCAUGUCAUUUUUCAUAUAAUCUAGCGAGACCUUGGGACCGUCGCAGAGAAACACAGACGGCCAAACAGCUUUUUAAGACACUUGAGAAGCACUGGCGUCAGGAUAAGAACCGGAUCUGCCUUCCUACUAUGCAGUCGAGCUUCCUCCUUGGGCUGUUCUUCUGCGCCAUGGGAAAAGGCAAUAUUGGAGUUCGUUACAUUCAAUACGGCGCACUGAUGGCUUUGAAGCUCGGUCUCCAUACUCAGACAGCCGAGACUUUCCGUGCUCACUGUGAGACAGACACGGAGCAGAAUUUGCGAGCGCAUAAGAUUAUUGCUUGUGCAGUCUACGAAAUUGAAACAAUGUCAGCCCAAGUAUCUGGAAGGUCUUCCGUUUGGUCAGCCCCGCCGGAGAUAAGCUUGGACGAAGACGAAGCAUGCACCGCGGACCUCAAUGAAAAGUGGACGCCAUAUCCGUUUACAGCCCCUGUAUACAGGCCAUAUCCAAACACAAGCACAUGGGCGCGUCGGACACUUCUCAAUCUCGUGAAUGAUGUGACUCGACUGUCCUCCCAUUCGGACAUGCUGACCGACUUGCACCAUAGCCAGAGGGCUGCCGCACUCUAUAAGAGGCUUGAUAUCUUCAGGAGGACUCUUCCGGCUGUUCUGGAUAUUGACAUAAACAGAUCACCACAUAAUAUUUGUCUACACCUCUAUUACCAUUCAACCGUCGUCAACCUCUGUGGGAUAUUCAGAGGUGACCUACACAAUCCAACGGCAAAUGGAUUAAUUCCAUCAACAAGUUUUGAUCCCUGUAAUAUUAUGGAUGAAGCCAUGAAGUCGAUGGGGACACUUAUAUUGUUGUAUCGCGCUUGCCAUGGUUGGAAAUCCCUUCCUGUGGUUAUGAUGCAUUACUUUCUCGUUGUCAGCGUUCACGCUGCCUCGCGUUUGAAAUGUUCAAAAUGGCGCGAGAUUCUAGUCAGCUGUGUGGCUGGUCUCUGGCACAUGAGCCUGGCAUGGCAACUCUGCCGGGCCUUUCUGCGGACGAUAGAUUUGGUGCUCAAUUCAAGUGUGGAUCCUGCGCUGGUUCCAGAAGAGGUACGAUCAAUCUUGGAUGAACAUCGGGAGAAGUUGUGGACCCGCGGGCAGCUUGAAUCACUUGCCGCCAACUACGUUGUCCACUACUAUCCCGAUCAGCUCUUCGAGGCAAGCGAGAGCGGCAGUCACUGUUUCCAUGGCAAGCGUCUGGGAGAGGUUAUUAGGGAGUUCGAUUGAGACUUUAG